AUAGUGUUCCAAAAAAAGAAAAUAAUAAUAAACAAAAAUAAGAUAAAAAUACUCCUUUUGUCCAACAAUAAUGAUUGUCUUAAAUAUUUUAUAUAACAAACUUUGUAUGUUUUCUAGACCUACCUUCUUUGACCAAAAGAAUUCUUAAUUAUUGGUCAGGCUGUUACUUGACUUCUAAUUGUAAGAGUACGUAGUUAGUUGUAAAAACAUAAUGAAGAAAACUUUAAGAACAUAGAAUUUGACAAAAAAAAAUAAUAAAAUAAACGAAGGAAAAGAAAAUUGAUUAGGAAGACGAAAAUUUUAAUAAUGAAAUUACUAUAAAUUAGGUGACCAUAUCACUACUAUACGUUCAAGCUAAGGCAGCUAAUUACUACUACUAUACUAGUCUAAUACUAACUACUAAGCUAGCUUAUUAAUUAUAAACAAGCAAAAAUCUUGUUAAAUUUUGCAGCACCAAAAAUCAACAUAGUUAUAAUAAUAUGGCUGCUGAUCUUCCAUAUAUUGGAAAACCAUGUUAUCGAUUUCGCUUUUCUCUCAUGUCCAUCUCCUGAUGUGGUGGCCGACGAAUUGAAGAAACUCCAUGCUGCUCUCAGCUCAUGGGGUUGCUUCCAGCUUGUAAAUCAUGGCAUGUCUGUGGAAUACUUGGACAAAGUUCGAAAUGUUGGGCUCGAAUUCAAUAGAUUGCCUCAAGAGGAGAAAGAGAAAUAUGUAAGGACAGCAACAGAACCUCAAGGUUAUGGCAAUGACUCAAUCACUUCAAACAAUGUACCUCUCUUAUGGCAGUCGCACUUACGGCUCACAACCUACCCUUUUGAGGAACGCAAACUUGAUGGUUGGCCUCAAACUCCUCCGUCUUUUAGGGAAGUUUUGGAAGAGUAUAGUAUGAACGUGAAAACGUUGCAUGACAAAUUGAUCCAAUAUAUGGCACGAUGUUUGAACUUGGAAGAGAAUAGUUUUGAGGAAGAAUAUGGAGGAACAUUACAAGUGAUAGCGAGAUUUAAUUUUUACAUACCAUGUUCAUAUAUUGACCAAAUUCGAACCUCUAGCAAACAUGCAGACUCGAGUGCCAUGACUUUUUUGUUGCAAGAUAAAGAAAUUGAAGGCCUUGAAUUUCAAAAAGAUAACAAGUGGUUUAAAGCACCCGUUCUUCCUCAUGCUAUCUUUGUCAUUGUUGGCGACCAAAUGGAGAUAAUGAGCAAUGGCAUCUUCAAAAGCGCAAUACAUAGAGUGGUGCCAAACCCGGAAAAAGAAAGGGUCUCUCUACCAUUGUUCUGCGGCCCUGCUCAACAUAAGGAAAUCGGACCUCUAAAAACUUUAAUAACAGAAGAUUAGCCAGCUAUUUACAAAAGGGUGAAAAAUUACAGUGAAAUCUUUUUUCGCUACCAUCCCACAAGCAUUAGACCCAUCACAACUGUUAAGAUGACCUAAGCUAAUUUAAUUGAAACAAUAUAAAACCAGUCAUUGGUUUUAUAUUCCAUCACUAUGAUACAAUAUACUUUGAUACAAUUAAUGUUCCAAAUAAAUGUUAUACAAAUAUACAUGAAUUUGUAGAUUUCAUGUAAUACGUAGCUACCUUUUGUAGUUUUGUACAUACAACCCUUGCAUUUGUUACGUAGUUAUGUACCCGAAUAA